AUGGCGGAGAAUCACUGCGAGCUGCUGCCACCGGCCCCGGGCGGCCUCGGGGCGGGGCUGGGAGGCGGCCUGUGCCGGCGCUGCAGCGCGGGGCUCGGCGCCUUGGCCCAGCGUCCCGGCAGCGUGUCCAAGUGGGUCCGGCUCAACGUCGGCGGCACCUACUUCCUUACCACUCGGCAGACGCUGUGCCGGGAUCCGAAAUCCUUCCUGUACCGUUUGUGCCAGGCCGACCCCGACCUGGACUCGGACAAGGACGAAACAGGUGCCUACUUAAUCGACAGAGACCCCACCUACUUCGGGCCCGUGCUGAACUACCUGAGACACGGGAAGCUGGUCAUAAACAAAGACCUGGCCGAGGAAGGGGUAUUGGAGGAAGCAGAAUUUUACAAUAUCACCUCACUAAUAAAACUUGUCAAGGACAAAAUUAGAGAGCGAGACAGCAAAACAUCACAGGUGCCGGUGAAGCACGUGUACCGUGUCCUGCAGUGUCAGGAGGAGGAGCUCACACAAAUGGUCUCCACCAUGUCCGACGGCUGGAAGUUCGAGCAGCUGGUCAGCAUCGGCUCCUCCUACAACUACGGCAGCGAGGACCAGGCCGAGUUCCUGUGUGUGGUCUCCAAGGAGCUGCACAACUCGCCGCAUGGCCCCGCCAGCGAGCCCAGUGAGAAAGCCAAGAUUUUGCAAGAACGGGGCUCGAGGAUGUGA